AUGUGCAAAUUUACCUAUACUUGGUACGAAUGCGGCCAUAAGAUUAACGACGAUAUUGACAUGCGCGAAUGCUGGAGACCCAAGGAAGGUCUGACUUUGCAUUGCAACGUAGAUGAUCCAGAGGUCAGGCGCAAGAGUUGUACUAUUGCGAGCCGGCACCAGAAUGGCAUUUGCCCAAAUUGUCUUAAAUCUGAGCAAACUCUCAUAGAAGAAGAGGCAUUGCAGAAGGAUAUGGAAAGGGCCAGGCUACUGGAUGCAGAAGAGCAGAGGAGAAAAAGGGAGGCUCACGAGGCUCAUCUAGCAAAGGUGCAGGAAGAAUCCCUCGAGGAGUGGAGGCGGAUGAAGGAGAGGGAGAAGAGCGAAACGGAGCGUGCGAUGAAGGAGAGCGCAGAGCAAGUCCAACGCCAGUUGGCGGCACAAGAAGCGUCGAUUCUCAGCAGCGUUAUGGAGGCUUCGCGGGCAGAAUUCUUCGAAAGUCAAAAGAGCGAGUUUGGGGAUGUGGUGGAAGACGACAGCAUGCAGAUGGAAGCCAUUCUCCGCAAGUCUAGAAUGGAUUGGCAUCACCCGAAAUGGGGCCCUGCCGCUGGCGAAGCCAAAGAUCGACAUUCGCAUUCCCAUCCGCAUGCUCAGGGUCCGGGGUUCGGCAAUACCAUGGAUGAGCUGCAGAGGAAGAUGGAAUCACAGUUCAGCAUGGCGAAAGAACAUCGACAUGUCGAAGAGACGCACCAGCACACACAAUCUCCAUCGUCGCUUGCUUCUAGAUCUUUCUACGCUGAGGCUUCCUUCCACGCACAGUCCAAGUCCUUCCAUUCAUAUGCCGAAAGCUCAUCCUCUGCGGCUAUACCAACGCCUUCGCUUGAUCCACCACCACCACCACCACCUCUUCCCCCGACGUCAACGUAUUCCAGGACGUCGAGACAUACGGCGCGCUCAGAAACCUCCGCUCGCGAGAGCACCGCUGCAAGCACAUCCGCUGCUGCUCCUUUUCCUCCUCCGCCUCCACCACCACCACCGCUUCCUCCAGCAUCUAUGCAUUCCAGAACCGCAACCCGCUCCGAGCACUCAAGAACAUCAAUUCAUAAGCACACUGAAGCAAGCUCAUCCACCACUACUGCUGCUAUUGCUCCUCCUCCACCGCCACCGCCACCACCACCUCCUCCCCCAGGGUCUAUGCAUUCCCGAGAUUCAUCCCACUCUCUUCACCUCGAGGCCGCAAUCCACGCACGCGCCAUAAGAGCUUCGGCUACCGCUCCUCCUACUCCACCACCUCGGUCCCCUGCGCCGGCUUACCCGCCUGUCGACUACUCGCAACCACCCAAGGACCAAAACUACGGUCGCUUCAAGAUUGGUCCCCGUUCCCAGCCCAUUCACCCAUCCCAAGAAAUCCCCGACACCCCAGGGACCCCCACAAGUCCGGAUGUUCCGCGAGCCCCAGCUCCUACCGUCCGCCUCGCCGGCCCCAUGACCCCGACCUCUCCACCGCCGGCAGGCUUCCAAAUGCAGUCUGGUGACCACCAGAGUCGAUUACGCUCCAUAGUCGGUUCCAAGCGCGCAGCACCAAAGCCGCCACCCAAAAAGGAAGAAGCGUCCAACGAGCUCGAGGCGAUUUGGAGUCGGCGAGGUAUUCAAAGGGAGGAGGAGGAUGACAAUUGCUCUGUGACGCCAUCGCAGUCUGCUUCUCAGGUGCCGACUCGGGCACCGUCGCAGGUGAGCGGUGGAGGUGGCGAUGAAGCGGACGAGGAAGAAGAAGAUUCUCAUGAUCCGGCGAGCUUGCGCGCGAGACGCCUGGCUGCUCUAGAUAGAAAGCGGAGGGGUGGAUGGGGAGAGCGAUAG